AUGCUCAUCGACAGUACACGCGCCUAUCGUCCAAUAUGGUUUUGCUUUCGAGUGCUGGCACCGACACUCUUCGGUGCCAGAUCUCGUACGGCUUACGUCUAUUUUGUGUUGAUACAUUUGCUAAUUACAUUCAUGUUUCCAAUGCAUUUGUUACUGGGCCUGCUGCUGCCGGCCACGCCAGCUGAGCUCUUCAAGAAUCUAUCAAUGACCAUCAUCUGUGUAGGGUGCAGCUUGAAGCAUAUCAUGCAAAUAUGUCACCUGCCAAACAUGAUGGAGAUUAAAGCACUGCUUCUCCAACUGGAUGAUUGUGUCCAGAAUGGCGAGGAGCAUCACUACUACCAAAAUACGCUGCAUAGCCAAGUGCACCGUAUAACCCGCUGUAUUUAUAUAAGCUAUGCCAUUAUCUACGUGCUCUUCGUGCCUGGCGUAAUUCUUGCACUAUCGGCUGAGCCUCGUGAGCUACUUUACGUGUCUUGGCUGCCCUUCAACUGGCGGCGCAAUGGCCUCUCCUAUGGCUUAGCGUUUGGCUACCAGUUUCUUUGCGUUCUGGCCGAAUGCAUGCAGGGCUUGACAAAUGAUAUUUUUACGCCCCUGACAUUGUGCUAUGUGAGCGGUCAUAUACAUCUCUUUGCCAUACGUAUGUCGCAUCUGGGAUUUCACCAGAUGCCCGAAAUUACGACUUAUCAGCAAUUACGUUCCUGUUUCGAGGACUACAGGCUACUGAUACGAAUAUAUCAGCUAACUAAAGAGACCAUCAGCCCCGUACAGCUAAUACAAGUGGUCUUCUGUGGUGCGAAUCUAUGCAUUGUCGUAUUCUAUGUGAUUUUCUUUGUGCGGGACACAGCCUUGCUAAUGUACAAUGCGGUGUUUUUUGCCGUCAUCUGCUUACAACUUUUUCCCAGCUGCUACUUUGCCAGCGUUGUCGCUGAGGAGGCGCAGCGAUUGCCAUAUGCCAUAUUUUCAAGCAACUGGUACGAACAAUCGCAUCAGCAUCGACGCAACGUACUCAUCUUUAUCCAAAUGACGUUAAGGCUGGCAAAGCAGCCUAUGAUGGCAGGUGGACUAAUUGAACUUAAUUUGAAUACGUUUUUUUCCACGUUAAAAAUGGCCUAUUCGCUAUUCGCGGUGGUAGCGCGAGUAAAGAUUAAUUAA